AUGGAGUUUGAAACAAUUUUCAAAGAAGAUCCACAUCCACUACUCCCUCUCUCAAACCACCACUUAAAACCCAACCCAGAAACAGAAAAUGAUUCUCCUCCAAUGUGUCCAUCUACUUUUCACCCUGCUAAUUAUGGUAUCCAUGUUUCUGGGUAUGGAUAUGACCCAUUUGGGACAUUUUCAUAUGGGUUGGAUGACCUUGAGUUUAAGCCGUUUGAACUGGAAAAUAGUUGUGGAAUGAUGAUGAAUUAUAUGGAUUGUGGGAGUUUGACCAAUGUGGACAAAAGUCUGAUGGGUGUAUCCGGAUUGGACUGUUUUGUGAAUGUAGGUGAUCCGAAUAUUUUUGGAGCAGAUGAAGGAUCAUGUGUGACAGGCGAGAGUGGUAUCAUAAAAAGUAAUGGGAAAAAGAAAACCAAUUCAUCAAAGGAGCAAUGGACAAAAGAAGAAGAUAGGGUGUUAAAGCAUUUGGUGGAAAAGCAUGGAGAGAGGAAGUGGUCGUAUAUCGCUCCAAUGUUAAAAGGAAGGAUUGGCAAGCAAUGCAGAGAAAGAUGGCACAAUCAUCUCAGGCCUGACAUCAAGAAAGAUUAUUGGACGGAAGAAGAAGAUAAGAUAUUGAUCACAACUCACGCAGAGAUAGGAAACAAAUGGUCAGAAAUAGCAAAGAAAUUACCUGGAAGAACCGAGAACUCCAUCAAGAACCACUGGAACGCAACCAAGAGAAGGCAAUACACCAAGCGAAAAUGUCGAUCCAAGUGGCCCAAACCAAGCCCAAUCCUCCAAAACUACAUCCGUAGCUUAAACUUGCCACGUGGAAAAUCAUCAUCAGUAAACAACAAUCACCCUUUGCCGAUGGCUAUCACUGACCACUAUGAGUUUGACUUAAGUGAUAGGUUGGUACCUGACUUUGACUUUGAUGAGGUCCCAGAGUUUGCACUUGAUCACAAGUUGCUUGGAGUGGAUACCAUUGACUCGUUGCUUGAAGAGAUACCUCCGGUGAACUGUGGCGGCAGUGGUGGUGAGAAGAAACAGCUUGAUUUGAUGGAGAUUAUAUCCCAAGUUAAUCUCUAG